AUGAAGUUUGGCAAGUAUUUGGAAGCUCGACAGUUGGAGUUGCCGGAAUACAACGGCCAUUUCAUUGACUACAAGUCGCUUAAAAAGCUGAUAAAGCAGCUUUCGGUCCCUCUGCAGCCUGCUGCGCGGAACUCCCCUUCACUUCUGUGUAAUCUGGACGAGUCUGUCAUACAACAGAGUUUACAAGAGCACAAGGCCUCUUUUUUCUUCAGAUUAGAGAGAGAGCUUGAGAAGGUUAACGAAUUUUACCUCGAGAAAGAGUCCAACUUAAAAGUCAAAUUGGAGAUCCUGCAGUCGAGGUACGAGGACUGUAAGAAGCGUGGGAAGCUGGCCUCCAAAGAAUCGGUUUCUUACAAACACCUCCGCGAUGGAAUCAAGAAAUUUGAGCGCGACCUCGCUCAUCUGGAGCAGUUCAUGGAGCUGAAUAGAACCGGGUUUUCCAAAGUGUUGAAGAAGUGGGACAAGCGAUCCCACUCGCAUACCAAGGACUUCUACUUGGCCACCGUGGUCUCCGUACAACCAAUUUUCACACGAAAUGAGGUGGCAGGUUUGAAUGAUGCGGCCUUAGCCAUGCUGAUGGAAUUAAAUGAAAUAAGCAGCGACGAAAGACCACUUCUAUAUUCGGUUGAAACAACAACCUCACUUAAUUCAGGUGCAUUUACCAGAGUUGUAGAAAUCGACCCUGUACUUCCGCCUCCUGUAAAUUCUGCCAAUUCCUCAAAAUCAGGCUCGGUGUCUCAGCCAAGGUCUAACCUUUUUGACAUUGAGAUGGAGAUAGAGGGUUGGUACUUGGAAGUGUUAAGUAUCGGCAGACUGAAAGAUGAACAGCCCAGAUAUGACCUACUCUCAAGCUUUGCUAAACAUAAAAUACAGGCGUUUGUCAAAGAUUACGUUCCUCAAACCAAUGUUGACAAGAACCUGAUUAUAAAAGAUGCCCUCACAAAGAUCUUUGUGUUGUUGGUAGGUAGCAAAAUUGAUGAUGCCUCCCUUAAGGUGUUUCUUGAGAGCGCAUAUCCCAACAUUGACCUCGCUUACAGUGAUGAAGAUGUGGUAUUUUCUCGCAGAAGCAUAUUCCAUGAAGCUGCUAUCUGCGAGUUUUAUUCAAGAGCUUUCAUUUUGCGUGAGGCAUUACGCCAAUGUAGUGAGUCAUUUUUACAAGGAGAGAUUUUGAGAAAACUACUGAAUGCAGAAGAUAUACACGGUCGCACUCCACUGCACUACGCAAGUGAACUAGGGAAGAUUGAAUUUGUCCAGUGUUUGAUAGAAUCUGGGUUGCUAGACUCUGUUGAUGUGUUAGACAAUACCUCAAAGACUCCUUUGGUGUUAGCUGUUAUCAAUAAUCAUAUCGAAAUUACUAAAUCCCUUUUAGUUGAUGGGCAUGCCAAUCCUUCACCGAGUGUUGAUGAAUUUACCAAGCCUCAAUUUUCUCCUUUGAAUGUGGCUUGUGCUCACAAGAACUAUGAAGCAGCUAAGCUUAUCCUCGACAUAGGAAAUAUCGAUCUGUCUGCUGUGCGAGAUUCACAGGGCUUGUGCCCACUUCAUAUCGUCGCCAAAAAUGGUGGUGACGCCAAGUUAGUUGAGUUAUUGAUUUCACGAGGAGCCGAUCCAAAUGGAGUUGAUGGAUUCAACAGAUGGACCCCUGUCUUUUAUGCCAUUCAAGAAGGUCACGCAAAUACUGUCGAGGAGCUGCUAAGAAAUGGUGCCCGUUUGAAUAUUAGUGAUGAAGACAACUUGUCGCCUUUAUUCUAUGCUUUGUGGGAAGGUCAUUUAAGCGUUCUCAACAUGCUUCAAAAAUACAAAAACAACAUUCAUGUUCACUCACCAAAAUUCUCGGAUACGCAGAAAUCUGCUCUUCUAGCCGAUGAUGUCUUGAGUGCUACAGAUUCUUUGAACGAUAUACCAGAUUUCACUCUACCUCCUCCAAUUAUUCCUCUGAGAAAAUAUGGGCAUAAUUUUCUAGAAAAGAAAAUAUUUGUCAAGUUGUUGUUUCGUUCGGGAACUGGAUCCAUAGUCUUGAACAAGGAAGAUGAAAUGGUACUAUCUUCACCUGGCCGCAUAACAUUGACUUCCAACGUCUCUGAUCUAAUUCCACGUAAUGUAAUUCUUCCUAUUGAAGAGGACGACGAGCAUGUUGUAGUUUUCCAGAUAAAUGACGUCACAAAUUUUUCAAUUGAUUUCGAGGUGUUCCCAUCCUUUGGUACACGUUUGAUUGCUAAGACUACUGCAAUGCCAACCUUAUUCACUAACGAAAUGAGUAAGCCUUCAAACGGUGGACACGUUGUAUUGCCCCUUUUCGAUUUCCGUCUAAAAAAUGUUGGUGAACUAAUACUAGACUACAAGAUAAUUUUCCCCUAUAAUGGCAAGCCUCUUGAAAUCACCAAAUAUGAGACUUACUGGAAGUCGACUAGUGGCCUUGAUGGUGGUAAAGGAGGUCAUCAUUUUGUCACUUCAUCGUCGUUAUGUGGAAGAUACAUUACUCUGUUUGUAAGCCCAUUGAAUGAUGGAACGAUCGUUGUCUCUCCAAAAAAGUCUAUUGCGGUAGGUGAUGCAAACCUUAUUUUGAUGGAUUUGAGUGCCCGCCAAUUGGAACAAAUCACGGGCAAUUCUUUAAAUGACGUACCUGAAAUUUCCGACGAAGAGAGUUUAAAGAAGAUUGUAAACUCCAGAUUUUUGACGUUAUCUGCAUUGCUAGAGAAAAUACCUCAGGGUAUUCAACUGGAAAUAGAAGUUUGUUUCCCAACAACGUGCGAAAUUGAAAGUGUUCCUCUGAAGUUAUCACCCCACGUGGAUAUCAACGACUUCAUUGACUGUGUGCUCUCUUCUCUCUUCGAUCAUGUUCGCAAGUUGUACAACAAAGGCUCUACUUCAUCAAUUGUAUUUUCUUCUUGCAACCCCCAGGUCUGUUCUAUUCUAAAUUGGAAACAACCGAACUUUCCAGUUUUGUUCCAUAUGAACGGCCUAGAAAAAAAUGGUGAUCUGUUUGAGAAGGAAACACCUCACCAUUUAUCAUACUUGGCAUUGGAUAAGGACAAAAUCGACUAUGCAGAUCCUUGUUCCCGUUGCAUUAGAGAAGUGACACAGUUCGCUUGUCACAAUAACCUCCUAGGUGUAACCAUACCCUUAGACCUCUUGAGAAUCAGUGAAGAACUAAUAAGCGAAAUUCGAUGCCAGGGACUUUUGUUGAUUGGUUCAACAUUUUCAAGCGAAGCGAUACCAUCUGAUUGGACUGAGGAAGACAUAAAUGGCUUAAGAACUGAUACAGCUCUGGAAUUAAAAGGCAGUAUCGAUAUGUAG